CCCAGACAAGCCCUGCUGCACCGGGAACAGUCUAAGGCCGGGAUUGUCCGCGGCUGGAACCCCCAGACCCUCGUGGCUGGUGCGGUCCGAGCGGAUCGCCGAGGAAAGAUGGCCGCCCUGACGACAGUCGUGGUGGCGGCGGCGGCCACUGCUGUAGCCGGGGCUGUGGCGGGGGCAGGGGCGGCCACCAGGACCGGCGUGAGGAGAGCGCCGGCGCCGCAACAGAAUGAUGGCUGUUUUAGUACUUCAGGUGGAAAUCGAACUUUUCAGCUUCAAAACUGGAAGCAGAAAGCUAGACGGACCAAGAAAGCAGAAUUCAUACAGACAGCAGAAAAAUUUAAAAAUCAAGUUAUCAACAUAGAAAAAGAUAAACGCAGUCAUUUCUACAACCAAAAAAGUGACUUCAGAAUUGAGCAUAGUAUGCUGGAAGAGUUGGAAAAUAAACUGAUAACCAACAGGAAAACAGAAAGAGCAAAAAUUCAGCAACAACUGGCCAAAAUACAUAACAAUGUAAAGAGACUUCAGCAUCAUUUAAAAGAUGUGAAGCCUACACCUGAUUUUGUUGAAAAGCUCAGAGAAAUGAUGGAAGAAAUUGAAAAUGCAAUUAACACCUUUAAAGAAGAGCAGAGGUUGAUAUAUGAAGAACUUAUUAAAGAAGAGAAAACAACUAAUAAUGAGUUGAAUGCCAUAUCCAGAAAAAUUGACACAUGGGCUAUGGGUAGUUCAGAAACAGAGAGACCUUUCAGAGCAAUGUCAAGCAAAGUUCCUAUAGACAAAGUAACACCAAGUACUCUUCCAGAAGAAGUAAUAGAUUUUGAAACAUUCCUUCAGCAGACAGGAGGGCGACAAGGGGGCUGGGAUGAUUAUGAUCACCAGAACUUUAUAAAAGUGAGAAACAAACAUAAAGGGAGGCCGACAUUUAUGGAGGAAGUUCUAGGGCACCUUCCUGGAAGAACACAGGAUGAAAUUCAACAGCAUGAGAAAUGGUAUCAAAAAUUUCUGGCUCUACAAGAAAGAAAAAAAGAGUCUAUUCAGGAUUGGAAAACUAAAAAGCAGCAAAAAAAGGAGGAAAUUUUCAAAUUAAAGGAAAAGGCAGAGGAUAUAACUAUGCUUUUACAUAAUAAACAAGAAGAUAAUCAAAAGCAAAAAGAGGAACAAAGAAAGAAACAAAAACUGGCAGUUGAAGUUUGGAAAAAACAGAAAAGCAUAGAAAUGUCAACAAAAUAUGCUUCUCAGUUAAAAGAAGAGGAGGAAAAAGAGAAAAAGCAACAGAAAGAGCGCCAACGCCAGUUUAAACUAAAAUUACUAAUAGAAGGUUACACCCAACAGAAGAAAGAACAGGAAGAAUUUUUGAGGCUUGAAAAGGCGCUAAGGGAAAAGGCAGAAAAGGCAGAAAAAAGGAAAACUAUUGCUGAUGAAAUUUGCAGGUUUCAAAAAAGGGAUUUACAUAAACUUGAAUUGAAAAUUCUAGAUAGACAAACGAAGGAAGAUGAAAAGGCAGAAAAACAAAGACGACUAGCAAAAUUAAAAGAAAAGGUUGAAAACAAUGUUAGUAGAGAUCCCUCUAGGCUUUACAAACCUACCAAAGGUUGGGAAGAACGGACCAAAAAGAUCGGACCAACAGGCUCUGGGUCACUUCUACAUAUCCCACAUAGAGCUAUUCCAACCUGGAGACAAGGAGUACAGAGAAGAAUAUGAGAGAAUGAAAUGGGUAUUCAGUUGAUGAGAAUGUUAGGAUAUUCAGUUAUACUAGGAGAUAGAGUAACUAACAAUAUUCUUUAAAUAUCACUAGCUCAGUCAGAUUGAUUAUUAAUUGCAUUGUAUGUGUAUUGACAGGCAUUAAGUUCCAUGCUGGCAUUGUCAUUAAUGUUCCCUAUUUGGUCUAAAAAAAGUAUUUAGUAUUUAAUUCAUGUUGGGCUGUUAUUGAUAGAAAUGUUAUUGAAAUAAGUUUAUGUUACAAACAUCAUUUCAUUUAUAUACACAGAUAAUUUUGAAGAUAUUUUGUUUUUGUCAUGGCAUAAAAUAAAUUGGGACAAUUAUAGAGUGACAUUUUUUAAACCAAAAUUUUAUAACUUUUAAUGCUUGGAGGUGAGUUGGCUUGAAUAACAAAAAUGUAGUUUUUUUGUUGUUUUUCUUAAAGUUAUAUAAAAGUAAGUUAAUACUUUUUCUAAGUUUAACAAAUUGGUAGUUUGGCAGUUACUACAUUCUUGUGUAAUAAACAUUUUGUAUUUGUUUGAAGCAUGUUUUGUUUUAUAUACAGAAUAUUUAUUUUUAAAAUAUGCCUCUCACCUCACAUAUCCUGUUAAUUGUGUUACUGUUAAUAAACUUUUUGGUUUCCUUCAGUUAUUCCAAAUUUUCCUUCAGUCUUUCUGGACUUCACACUUUUAUAAAAUCUUC